AUUUGCCUUGUCAUGGUCACGUUUGCCGUCUCGUCCGUGAAGCGCAACGUCUGCAAAGAAGCUCCAACCGACGGUCAGCCGGUCACGACGCUCAAGGAGUUUGCCAAAGAAGGCUGCAAGGACAUUGUCCAAGCCACCAACCUCGGGCCUGUCGUCGCGUCGAAAAGUGGCUUUGUGCGCGGUGUCAUUGAAGCGUACAACAACCACCACGACCUCGUGCUCCGACCAGACGAUAUUUGGCUCGCGAUUUCGAUCCAGUUUGGUCUGUACGUCGAUGGCAACGCCGAAGAGCUUCGCUCGUCGCUCGUCAAGCACGAAAGCAAGAAGGAACUUACUGUCACGACUGCUGGCAGCCUUUACUCGGUCGACUUUGGCGCGCUCUCCAGACAAAUGGUCGACAAGAUGGACGAGCACCUCGUGGACCCGAGCCUCAAGCACUGGGUGCUUCCGUCCUUCUCGACAACGACCGACCACGACGUCAUCGUCGGCAGCGUCGUGCUCAUGGCCACGAUGAAGAAGUACUUCGGCUUCAAGAUUUGCCUCGGCUGCGGUCUUCCGCAUGUGACGCUCCUCGGCACUGUGGACGAUUGGCAAGACAUUCGUCGUCGCCUCGACAAGCUCUCAGCUUAUGGCAAGCGCAUGCAGCAGUGGACGACGAUGCUGGCGCCGAUUCUCGAUCAGUUUGUGGCGGCGGCACAAGGCCAGGCGGACGUUGCGUUCUGGGACCGCAUCUGCAGCCACAAAGGCGGCGGCUCGGGUCCGAGCUACCUCAACGGCUGGAUCAGCGUCUUUUGUGUCUUCAACGACAAAGGCCAGUGGCAAGGCGACAAGAUGACCGACAGAGUGCUGCAACGCAAGCCCGACGCAGAGAUGCAUACAGGAGGCAUUCCUUAUCAUUACGUCGACGUCACGUACGACUUUCCGCUCGUCGACAUGCAAGACAUUCCGCCCGGGUACCUUACCGUCGACGUGACGAUCGACGACAACGGGACCGAGUACAAGGCGCUCAUGUUUGCGGGGCACAUGGCCUACAGCAUUGGUGACAACAAGGCGUCGAUCGCACCGUCGCUGAGCUGGGCGAUUGCGCUCAAGAACGGCGAGCCGGCACCCGAGGAAACCAACCCAUUUGCAUAGUGAGACUGAGUGAGAGCUAUCCAAAAGCAUUUUUUAAUAUGCUUGAUUUGAACAUGUGCUCGAUUCAAGUGACUGCUUUUGUACCACAUGUAGUAUGUGGCAAGGGUGAGGGUAAUAAAAA